GGGCCGYCGCCUCCCCGCCCGCCCGCCCGCCGCCAUUUUGGCUGGUUCGCGUCGCUUCCGCCGCUGGAAGUAAACAGAGAGCGAGGCAGGGAAGGAGGGAAGCGGCGACGCGGGCGGGACGGGACGGACCGGACGGCCGGGGGAAGAAGCGGCGGCCCUGGGGUUGACUUCGGYGGAGAGAGCUGAUGUGGCCGGAGCGGAGGCGCCAGCGCGGCCCGAGCCCCGGUUAAUAGGAAGCGCAGCAGGGAGCCGCCAGGAUGAAACGAGGAAGGAAAACUAAUGAGGCCAACAGCAGUUCAUCUGAAGAAACAACUGAGAAGGAAUCCAAGAGACACAAGGUUGUAGAGAAGAAAACCAUAGUUGUGCAGAGUCCUGACUGGGCAAACCUUCUCCAAGACAUUAUCCUGCAGGUGUUUCAGUACUUGCCCCUUCUGGAUCGUGCUCAUGCAUCCCAGGUCUGCAGGAGCUGGAACCAGGUGUUUCAYAUGCCUGAUCUCUGGAGGUGCUUUGAGUUUGAACUGAAUCAACCAGCUACAUCUAACUUGAGGACUACCCAUCCCGAACUGAUCAAGCAAAUAAUAAAGAGGCAUUCCAAUCACCUGCAGUAUGUGAGCUUCAAGGUGGACAGUAGCAAGGAAUCUGCAGAAGCAGCUUGUGAUAUUUUAUCACAGCUUGUGAAUUGCUCUCUGAAAACACUGGGGCUAAUUUCAACUGCCCGGCCAAGCUUCAUGGAUUUACCAAAGUCUCACUUUAUUUCUGCACUGACAGUGGUGUUUGUGAACUCCAAAUCCCUCUCUUCACUUAAGAUUGAUGACACACCAGUAGAUGAUCCAUCUCUCAAGGUCCUGGUGGCAAACAACAGCGACACACUCAAACUGUUGAAAAUGAGUAGUUGUCCUCAUGUUUCUCCAGCUGGUAUCCUUUGUGUGGCUGACCAGUGCCAUGGUUUGCGUGAGCUGGCACUGAACUACCACCUGCUGAGUGAUGASCUGCUGCUUGCCUUGUCUUCUGAGAAACACGUCAGGUUAGAACACUUGCGCAUUGAUGUUGUCAGUGAAAAUCCUGGACAGACUCAGUUCCACACGAUUCAGAAAAGCAGCUGGGACGCUUUCAUCAGGCAUUCUCCUAAAGUCAAUCUAGUCAUGUACUUUUUCUUGUAUGAGGAGGAGUUUGACCCAUUCUUUCGUUAUGAGAUACCUGUCACUCACCUUUACUUUGGAAGAUCAGUAAGCAAGGACGUGCUGGGCCGUGUUGGGAUGACGUGUCCGCGGCUGGUUGAACUGGUGGUGUGUGCCAACGGAUUACGGCCACUGGACGAGGAGCUGAUCUGCAUUGCGGAGCGGUGCAAGUACCUGUCGGCCGUGGGYCUCGGAGAAUGUGAAGUCUCUUGCAGUGCCUUUGUUGAGUUUGUGAAGAUGUGUGGCGGUCGCCUCUCUCAGCUCUCUAUUAUGGAGGAAGUUUUGAUUCCUGAUCAGAAAUACAGCUUAGAGCAGAUUCAUUGGGAAGUUUCAAAGCAUCUUGGUAGAGUCUGGUUCCCGGACAUGAUGCCCACUUGGUAAAGUCCUUAAAAGACUCCAGGGCGAAUGGAAUAGCACCUUAAACCCAAGCUUACCGUAUUGCAAUUUCCUGUAUAAGCUUAUUUAAUAAUAUAGAUUUUACUGGAAGUUAAUUAAUUGUUUGAUUAGAAAAUUAAUUUUUCUUUCAAAAAUGGUUUUGGAACUUCAGAACCAAAAAUAAGAGUUCACCGCUCCAAAAUCUGUUUUCAUCCAAACAAAAAUUAGUUUCUGGUUUAGAUUUAUUCUUUGUCAUUAAAAGUGGCCUCAAAUAUUUUUGGAAAUAAAUUAUUUAAAAUAUUGAAAUGUACCUGCAAAAUGCCAGUUUUAAUAAGCUGUCGUUUGAUUUAGAUAGUAGUAUUGGACACAAUCAUAUUUGAUCUUAAAAAGCCAAACAAACCCCCACCAAAAUUGCAUGCUUUUGUUGCGAGCUGUAGCAUUUCUAAAUCCAGUCACCUCGAUGAUGACAAUUAUAAGAAGUGCUUAGUAGCCCAUAAAAUACACACAUUCUSUUAAAUAGUCAUAAAAGGCAAAAGCAAUACACAAUAAUAAGAGUUUAGACAGCUAAAAUAGUACGUUUGCUACCUUAUUCAAUAGACUAUUAGAUCCAUCUAAAAUGUAUUUAGAGUGCAAACCAGUAGUGUGAGCUACCAAAAGCGGUGUGGGGUUUUUUCCACCCUCUAUGCAUUUUAAUGUAGUUUGCUUAUGGGGUCUCAGAUCUGCGUCUAAACCUGUUUUAAGGUAUUUUAUGUCUAGCUCAGGAAGCGAAAGCAUUCUGGGGAAAAAUGUAGAUACAUUGUAUUUAAAACCACAUUGGAGUUAAUGAGCUUUUCUUGCACAUUAACCGGUUUGGCAGCAUACGGUGAGAUGGAUUAAUGUAUGGUUUGUGAAAUGAACCCUGCAAUGUUAUUCUGAUGACAUGGGUGUGAGCAGUGUGAGAUGGAAAGGUAAAAUUUGAAUGUUGACCAAGAACCUUUUCACAAAACCUUAGACCUUUUGGCUGCUUUCAGUUUGAGAGAAAUUAUAUUGUAACAGUUGCUUAAGCUGUAUAAACUAACUGUAUACUGUAAAUCUGUUUCAGAAAUGUUUAUGUAUAAAGUGGAUGUUUGAUAGAUAAUAAUUUUGUAUACCUUUAAUUCAUCUAGUUAUGUCAUUUCAUAAUAUUUAAAAACCCAAAAGGAGUAGAUUUGGUGAAGUAGAGCAAUAGGCAAAAUUUUGUUUUGAACAUUUGACAAAUCAGUUUUAUUAAAGAAAAGCUUUUCGUUUAUAAGUGGUGUAGGCAAGACAUUGCCUGUGAUUUGGAUGUGGCUUGUGACAUCAUUUCUUACUGCCAACAGUUACGUCAUUUUCUCUUUGAGGUUACUGAUGGUAACACUGAAGUGUUGCCCAGACAGCUGCAUGUUUGAGAGAUGUGGUCAGCCCUUAGCAAGGCAGAGUUGCCCUGGCAGACUGUUUUGAACUUAGCUGGUGGCUGCUCUCACUUGAGCUGUACAGCCCCUUCUAGUAGUAAGCAGAYUUCCUUCAUCUCUGAUUUCAGUCACAUUUAUUCAAAUGUAUAGUUGAAUGUAAUACACUUACAAGUGUAUUUAAGUUCAUAACUAUAUUUUGAGCAAACAAUGCUCAGCGGACUGGACAUCUUUAUAGGGGAGUUCUAUGUUUCUGUAGAGCUUUGAUUUUAAAAUUGCAUUUUAUGAAAUACGCGGUUUUUGUAUUAGAAUUUGUUAAUGUAAUACUAUAAUUUGCUUUUAUUUGUACAAAAGGUGUCAAUAUAUUUAGUCCGUAAAAGUAAAAACGCUCUGUGUUUUUUAUAAUCUGAUUCUCAGAACUGCCUGUAUGAGAAAGGUGGAGUAACACUUGUAGUCUGGGGAAUAGGAUUUGGUUUUCAGUAAUGUGAAAUAAUACCAUUAGUAGUGGCUCCAAAACCUUUUUGGACCUUGACUGCAGGUGUCCUGAUGCUGGCAAGGUAAGUCACCAACAUGUUGGCAGUGGUAAUAAAUGGAAAGCGAGGCACAACCUAAGUACUAGAUCCCACUUGUGCAAUUCACAUCUUUGAAACCCAGUGGACACGAAAUCCAGCAUCCUGCCAGCCUCUGUCAGACCCUGCUGUGAGGAAUGUUAUGAGCUGGAGGUGGCAUGGUUAUAGUGGAACUGCUUCCCCAGCAAGGUAACUGGCCUGCUCUGGGAAGUUUGUGUUUGUGCACAGACUUCAAAACGUCCCUCCUGAAUGCAGCACUGUAUUAUAAGAGUUAAAAAGAUGUUCAAGUGCAAGAAAACUGCUUGAAAAGCAGUUGUGUCUCUUCCAGUGGAGGUCAGCAGGUUUUAUACACCAAAUCAAUUACUGCAUCCUUGGCUCAAGUAAUCAACAUAAACCCUUUUAUCAAAAUCUGUAUGUCUUGUUUUCUGUAUGUUGAAACAAACAACAAAGUAAAUACAUAAAUCUCAUGGCACAA